AUGGCAUCUCUAGGAAAGAAAAUGAUAAUUGACUGUCGAAUCUUGAUUACUGAAACAAUCACAGAAAUUGAAACAGAAAUCAAAGCUGCCAUGUAUGACAUCACUAAAGGUGCUAAAGAUCAGGCUAUUACAACACUAGAACGAGUUCGGCAUAAGGAAAGAAAGAAAACUGCAAGAAGAAUAAGAAGUCAGAAUGAAGAAGUCAUUGAGUUCGAAAGGGCAAAGGAUAGAGAAAGAAAAAGAGAAUUAAGGAAAAGAACAAGUAGUGAAACCAUUUCGCAAGAUAGAGAACAAAAUAAACAGGUAAAAAAGAGACGCAGAGAUGCAAGACACAUUGAAAGUGUGGAGAACGAGAAAAUAAAAGACAAAGAAAGAAAGAAAACUGCAAGAGCUAGACAUGGUGAAGAAUCCAUUAUAUCUAAUCAAAAAAAGAUAGGAAAAGAAAGAAGAUUGCAAGAGAAGGAAGAGAUAAAGAAUCCAUUAUAUCAAAUAAGGAAAGAAAGAAAACUGCAAAAGCAAGAAGAGAUAGGGAAACGUUUUCAUCUGAUAAAAAAAGAGAUAAAGAAAGAAAGGAAAUUGCAAGAACUGGAAGAGAUGAAGAGGAUCCAUUAUACAAAAUGA